CCGACUCAGAGAGACACACAUUCACUCACAUUCACAUACAAACGCUCAGGCACGCUCAGGAGCCAGCCAUGGCGAAGGGAGAGAGGGUACCCGAUACCCCAGCAGGCAAACUCUUCAAGCCCCCAGAGCCAGCUUUCAACAAGCCCCCCCACCAGACUGUGCUGGACCAGAGGCUGUCUUUCUGCAGUAAACUGUGUUUCGCCAUCGGAGGAGCGCCCAAUCAGGUGGCCGGCAGCGCUACGGCGUUCUUCCUCCAGAUCUACCUGCUGGAUGUCGCCCAGAUCAACCCUUUCCAGGCCUCCAUGGUUCUGUUCAUAGGGAAGGCGUGGGGAGCCAUGACCGACCCUGUUGUCGGCUUCUUCAUCACCAAGAGCAGGUGGACCAGGAUAGGCAGACUCAUGCCCUGGAUGGUGGGCUGUACUCCGUUUGUGGUGGUCUCCUACUUCUACCUUUGGUUUGUUCCUCCCUUCACAAAUGGACGUUUCAUGUGGUACCUGGGCUUCUACUGCCUCUACCAGACACUCAUCACUUGUUUCCAUGUGCCUUACUCUGCCCUCACCAUGUUCCUCAGUACGGACCAGAAGGAGAGAGACUCAGCCACAGCCUAUCGUAUGACCCUGGAGGUGCUGGGUACUCUAGUUGGCGCUGCCAUCCAGGGUCAGAUCGUGGCGAGCGCCCACACCCUGAAGCACUGCCCCCACCACAACAUGUCCACCGGUCACCUAGGCAACGGCAGCGGGGCCGAGAUCGUCAAGAGAAUCGUUCACUCCCAGGACUUCCUGUCACAUGCUAAGGAGGUGUAUAUGAUUGCUGCUGGUGUGAUAGGAGGAGUGUUUCUCAUCUGCACUGUGGUCAUGUUCCUGGGAGUCAAAGAGAGAGAUGAUCCGUACAUUUCGAAGACGGAGAAGCAGAUCCCGUUCCACAAGGGCUUCAUCCUGGUGAUGCGACACGGUCCCUACCUCAGUUUGACUGCUGCCUUCCUCUUCAUCUCUGUUGCCAUUCAAUUGGUGCAGAGCAACUUUGUCCUUUUCUGUACGCACGCAGUGGACCUGAGAGACCACUUCCAGAACAUUGUACUGACCAUCCUGGUAUCUGCAGUAGUGAGCAUCCCUCUGUGGCAGUGGUUUUUGGAGAGGUUUGGCAAGAAGACGGCAGCCUUCUGUGGCAUCACGUGGAUCAUGCCGUUCACAGUGAUGCUGGUGUUCAUCCCUAACCUGGUCGUAGCCUACGUGGUGGCUGUCUCGUCCGGACUCAGUGUGGCCGCGUCACUCCUCUUACCAUGGUCGAUGCUGCCAGACGUGGUGGAUGACUUCCGCCUGGCCAACCCCCACUGUAAAGGCUUUGAGGCCAUCUUCUACUCCUUCUACGUGUUCUUCACCAAGUUCGCUGCCGGCAUCUCCCUGGGAGUGUCCACCCUCUGCCUCGAGUUCGCGGGUUAUGACACAGGGGCGUGCAGGCAGCCUGCUCAAGUAGCCUACACUCUGAAGUUGCUCAUCGGCGCCGCCCCGGUGGCCUUCAUCGUAACAGGCCUGCUGAUACUGCUGCUCUACCCCAUCAGUGAGGAUGUCCGGCUCAGGAACAAACUCUGUCUGGAAGAGCUACGGAAACAAGGCAGCAUCAGCUCCAGAACGCUGGAGGAUCUGAGUAAUGCAUGACCAGGGAUGGGACAAACAGGAGAAGUUCCACAUACGGCGGGUUCCAGUUCUCCGACUGGAAUAUGACGUCCAUUAGUGUAUAUUACACUGAGAAAUUAUAUAAUGGUAGUUAUGUUUUCCUGUAAACAUUUGAAGUUUGUUUCUGUAUUUUCACAUGAACGUGUACUGUAGAGCCAUCUUAAAUAUACCUACAAGAUGAUCUAAUUUACAUAAAUGAAUGUAUAUCACUAUUUGCUGUGUUUAGCCAGACAUUGCUGGUA